AUGGACAACCAUACUCAUUCAGAGGAUACGAGGCCGGAGCCUAAGGAGACGGAGCCUGUUAAUACGGAGACUGAAAAGGCAGAGCCUGUCAAUUCGGAACCUGUCAAUGGAGAGGCUGUAAACGGAGCGGCUGUGAAUGGACAGGCUACGAGUGGAGAGCCCGCUAAUCCAGAGACUAUCAACCCACAGUCGACCACUUCCGCUCCUCCUAGCAAUGAAGAUACCAACCCAGAGCCUGAAAAUGCAGAGGCAGUUGACGAUGAACCUGUGCGACCACCAGGUGCCGCGACGCAGUCGGCCGAGGCCGCCGAGGCGCCGCAAAACACAAUGUUUCCAAUCCAAGUCGAUGACUUUAGCACCGAUGACAGCGACUUUGAAAGUGACUUUUCCGACCUGACUUCUUUGUCUUCAAGCGUAUUGGACUACGAAUACGAGAAUGGUCGGCGGUACUCGAGCAAUCGACACACUCAAUAUAUUAUGCCGAAUGACGAGCAGGAACAAGACCGCCUGGACUUGUGCCACCACAUCUGGCUCUUGCUGCUCAAGGGAGAGCUUUUCAAAGCACCCAUCAAGAAUCCGCAAAAGAUUCUAGAUCUCGGCACGGGCACGGGAAUUUGGGCCAUCGAUUGCGCAGAGAAAUUCCCAGAGGCCCAUGUCAUUGGCAACGACAUUAGCGCUAUCCAGCCGCAAUGGGUCUGCCCGAACCUGGAAUUCAUCGUGGAAGACUACGAAGUAGAAUGGCUCUACAAAGCUGAAAGCUUCGACUUUAUCCACUCGCGUCUGUUGGCAGGCUGCGUCGCAGACUGGCCCCAACUUCUCCGUCGCUGCUACGACGCCCUAAAACCAGGCUGCUACGUCGAACUCCACGAAAGCGCCUUCUGGGCCUACAGCGAUGACGGAACCUGUCCUGACGACUCCCCGCUUAACCAAUACUUAAGCGCCCUCAUCCAAGCCUCCGCCGCAAGUGGAAAACCGUAUAACAUCCAAAACCUCCUGAGAGGUUGGUUGAUUGACGCUGGCUUCGAGGAUGUCACCCAGUUGACUUAUUGGCUGCCGUACUCGCCGUGGCCUAAGGAUCCUUAUCUCAAGGAGCUGGGCAAGUAUCAGCAAAUUAUGUCGCAGCAGGCUAUUGAGGCUUAUGGGCUUCGGUUGUGUACGCAGGUGUUGGGUUGGGGUGUGGAUGUUUCGAAGAUUUUCCAGGCGCAGUGCCGGAAGCAGAUUGGUGAUAGGAAUGUGCAUGCCUACGUGAAAGAGUAUGUCUUUUAUGGAAGGAAACCUUUCCGGUGA